UAAUCGUAAUCAACACAUGUGUUGGACUCGCGUCAACUGUUUGUUUGUUUUGUUUUUAAAUUAACAAUUUCUAAACGUAUUAAUUAAGAAAUUAUAGUUGUGGGCUUAUAUACCGUGCUAAACGUAUGUGCGUAUCAAGUACUUAAUUGAACAAAGUGUGACUUGCAAUUGUUUGCAACUAGACAGAUACCAGAUACCAGACCAGGUUCACAAAAAUGAUGCACUAUCGCAAGGCGGAGAAUGUGGAGCAGGAGCUGAGCAAAAGUGAUUUACCCUUUGAGAAUUGCCUGCCAAAGGACCACAAUUAUUUUCUAUGGAUGCAUGUUAAGGGCGGCACCAAACUUAGCAAUGUCGUUGAUUAUGCAAAAUCGGCGCUGGACAAAGGAGAAUAUCGUAGUCUGGUGUGGAGUGGUUCCGGUGGCGGCGUUAUCAAGACCAUAUCCUGCGCUGAGGUUAUGAAACGCAGUUAUCCACUUUACCAGCUUACACGCAUGGCUUACACCAGCGUUGAGGAGCAUUGGAAGCCACAAAUGGAUGGCCUGGAGGAGAUAAUUGCCACACGUCAAAUACCCACUCUACACAUUCUCAUGAGUCUGGACGCGCUGCCCGAUAACAUUGAAGGAGUGCAAAAUCCUAAUACAACCAGUGAUUACUGGCAGCACGAUGAGACAAAGGGAAGCAGAUCGAGAGGAACUCCAGGACGCACAAAUAAACGGCCAAGAACUGAGCGCAAUAAUAAGCCACCAAAUCAGCAACAACAACAACAACAAAUGCGACAUCAACAACAAAAGGAAAAUCAACUGAAACCUGACAUUGACAACGGGCACGUGUAAUUACAGUUUUUCAAACUGAUCUAAUCAGCAAAAAAAUGAUCACACAAACUACGUUUUAAUAUUGUCUUAUAAAAGCUAACGCUUAUGAUAAGAAUCAAAUGUUGGUUGCUCUACAACAAUUUGGCUAUAGACGCAAUGCCUAGAUAUUAUUAAAAGAUCAGUUGCAUUAGAGUUGUAACUACAGAAAAAUC